GAUGGCAGAGGUCGCGGAGCAAGUCUGGGUCGCCGGGCGCCACUCCAGCUGCCUGGAAUAGGCUGGGUGAAAUAGAACAGACUCUGUGAAAGCGGACGGAAGACAGCGCGUGUCCCUGCCACCGGUCUUGGGGAGGCCGAAAUCGCUCGACCCUUCGCGCCCCGCACGCGCGUCCCCUUCUACCCCGGGCGCCCACGACCUCCGCCCGGAGCCCCUCGCAGGAUUCUCGGUGCGGCUCAACCCUGUCCGCCCACAGGACCGGGAGGGCGGAGCGAGCUGCCGUGACGUAAUGGGGGGGCGUGGGGAAAUGAGCCGAGGGGCCCGCGCUCGGCACGGCCAGUGCAGGCGGCGCAGCCACCCGCGCGCGCGGUCCGUCACUCGCGCCCGGAGCCUCGGUCCGCGGCUCGGCGCCCGGGAUCUGUGGGCCCAGCGAGCUCUCGGCGGUGCGACUCGCGAGCGGAGCGGGCAGCUCUGGACGCCGAGCGCCGGUCAAGCGGCUGCGCACCCGGCUGGGUUGGGGACGGCCGCUGGGUGCCGGCGAACCGAGUUGGCGGAUUGCAGCGGAAAAGCAAAGAUGCCACAGUGGAUCCUUUGCCUCCAGGACCCGUGAAGGUGAGAGUAAGGUCUCUGGCUGGUGGGAACUAGCCUAAGCUGCCAGGCAGCCAUGGAUCUGGCAUACGAACUACUCAAUGGGACUCAACCUUGGCUUUCCUCUCCAUUCGACCUCAGUGGCUCCGUGGCUACAGCCAACAUUUCCAACCAAACAGAGCCAUACUAUGACCUGACCAGCAAUGCAGUCCUCACCUUCAUAUAUUUUGUGGUCUGCAUCAUUGGGUUGUGUGGCAACACGCUUGUCAUUUAUGUCAUCCUCCGCUAUGCCAAGAUGAAGACCAUCACCAACGUUUACAUCCUCAACCUGGCCAUCGCAGACGAACUCUUCAUGCUGGGUCUGCCCUUCCUGGCCAUGCAGGUGGCUCUGGUCCACUGGCCCUUUGGCAAGGCCAUCUGCCGGGUCGUCAUGACUGUGGAUGGCAUCAAUCAGUUCACCAGCAUCUUCUGCUUGACAGUCAUGAGCAUUGACCGAUACCUGGCUGUGGUCCACCCCAUCAAGUCGGCCAAGUGGAGGAGACCCCGGACAGCCAAGAUGAUCAACGUGGCUGUGUGGGGGGUCUCUCUGCUGGUCAUCUUGCCUAUCAUGAUAUAUGCUGGCCUUCGGAGCAACCAAUGGGGGAGGAGCAGCUGCACCAUCAACUGGCCAGGCGAAUCCGGGGCGUGGUACACAGGCUUCAUCAUCUACGCCUUCAUCUUGGGGUUCCUGGUGCCCCUCACCAUCAUCUGUCUUUGCUACCUGUUCAUUAUCAUCAAAGUGAAGUCCUCUGGAAUCCGAGUGGGUUCCUCCAAGAGGAAAAAGUCUGAGAAGAAGGUCACCCGGAUGGUGUCCAUCGUGGUGGCCGUCUUCAUUUUCUGCUGGCUCCCCUUCUACAUCUUCAAUGUCUCUUCGGUGUCCGUGGCCAUCAGUCCCACCCCAGCCCUUAAGGGCAUGUUUGACUUUGUGGUGGCCCUCACCUAUGCUAACAGCUGUGCCAACCCUAUCCUGUACGCCUUCUUGUCUGACAACUUCAAGAAGAGCUUCCAGAAUGUCCUCUGCUUGGUCAAGGUGAGCGGCACAGACGACGGGGAACGAAGUGACAGUAAGCAGGACAAAUCCCGGCUGAAUGAGACCACGGAGACCCAGAGGACCCUCCUCAAUGGAGACCUCCAGACCAGUAUCUGAACUGCCUGAAAAAUCAAUCAAUCAAGCGCCAAGCUCUGCAACCGGCUGUGUGCUCUGCACCCCACCCCCUUCCCUCCCUCCCCCAUCACCUGGCUUCUAGAAUAUGGAAGUGCUCAGCAUGAGUCCUCUUCAGAGAAUGGUGUUUGAGUCCGGCUUGUCUGAGUGAAUGACAAUGUAUUAAGCUGAUUACCUCCCCCUUAAAGUGAACAUUUCAAUGCAGGCAGACAAUGCAGAGUCUGGAGAGGUGAUCUUUGGAGGCGCUGAAGUUCCACAAAAACAGAAAACCCUCUGUGUGUGUGUGUGUGUGUUUAAAGCCCAAUCUGUAGUCUUGUGGUCUUACAUUCAUACUUGCCUGUUCCUAUCUAGUCCCUGUAGAGUCAUGACCUACGUUUCCUGAGUUCAUGUACACAAGUAGAAAGUUCAAAUGUGCAUAGUAUAGGUGGACAUUUAUUUCAAUAUGGUACCCGCAGGAAUGGACUUACCCUGAAGCCAAUAGAGUUUAAGCUUCAGGGGUCUCUCUUGCUUUGGCAGGAUGUUCACAUGGCCGUAUGUUUUUGGGAAAAAAAAAAAAAAAGAAAGUAAAAGUAUGGCCAUGCCACCUUGCUCACCCACAACAGACACACUAAACAUCGACCUUUAAUCCACGGAUUCCCUGGGCUACUCCUCAAGUACUGUUACAGACAGGCGCUUCACACCAUCAGUGACGUUUUUCUGUCCCUGAAAUUGUAGCUGGGCUUGUAUACAAGCAAUAAGAAAAGAGACGAUGCCCAUUUCAUUGGCUGAUCACAAUUUCCAGAGUACAAAGAAGGACACGCUCGGGUGUUUGCAAGGAUGCCAUCGUCUCUAGGUUUGUAUGAAAGCCUCACUCUCAGUGUCUCACGUAUCAAUUAUACCAUAUUUAGGAGUGAGCUUGCCUCUUCUGGCUCCCUAGGCAAGGGCUGCCUGACAGUUAGAAUGACUAAGAGCUCCACCUGUGGUUACGGUGCUGCUUUUCUUCUAUCUGCCUAUGUAACUCAUGCCACCUCAUUCCCAAAAGCACCGUGGCCCAGAAGAUAUGUUCAAUAAAUAAUGAUAGAUAAAUCCAAGCAAAAGUAAAGAGGUACAAUUGUAAGAUGAGACUAUCUGGAAAGUUGUUACACAAAACGCAUGCCAUAGGGACUUCCCUGGCAGGCCAGUGGUUAAGACUCUGCGCUUCCACUGCAGGCGGCGUAGGUUCAAUCCCUGGUCAGGGAACUAAGAUGCCACAUGCAAAAAAAAAAAAAAUGCAUUCAGUAAAAUCCCACAAGGUUACCAAAGGAAAGGUCAGCUGCAAGGUCAGCUCAGGACCUCUUAGCAGCCGCAACUAAUGGACAGUGACGCCCCCUCCUCCUCCCUUCUCCUCUUUCAUAACAACAAGAAAAGAUUUGCAAUGAAAUGCUUUAAACCCAACUUUACCAUUAUCGUAAUAUGUGAUGUUCCUGGGUCUUUGCAUAAACGCUGACGUUUACUUAGAGAAGUGAUUCCGAGGGACCAAGAAUAAUCCUAGCCUCCACUCAACAUGUAAUUAUGAAGACAGAUCGGCUGGAUGCCAGGAGAGAGUAAAAAGUGAUGUACUCCAUUGAUUUUAGGAUAUCUGAGCAUUUGGGUUAUGCAAGCUACUACUCACCUUCCAUUCUCAUGGGUGGUGAAGAGCGGUUUAAACCUAAGCGGAUGUAGUGAGAAAGGUAUCAGGAGAGAUGAUAGGACAUUGGGGCCUGUGUGGAAUAUGAUGUUAGCUUGUGUUUCAGUUAACACAGAGAGCUGAGUAAUAUUGGACAUGGGGUUGGAACUUUGGUGAGGUUCAUGCCAUAGCUUGGGACAGUCUAAGAGGACACGAGGACAAGGACACUGAAGGAUAGAAGGACGCUGCACUUCUUUCUUUUGCUUGUUUUUAUGAAGAAGAGAAGAGAAGGAGUCGCGCUCCAUUAGCUGUGACUGCUGGGCAGUUCUGAGUUGAACUCGUAGCUGAUCCUGAGUAAUCAUGUGUGAUUUUGCUGCGUGCAUUUAAAAAUUUUUUUAAUUGAAAUAUAGUUAAUUUUCAAAGUCAUUAAUUUCUGCUAUACAGCAAAGUGAUUCAGUUAUAUAUAUUUUUUAUAUUCUUUUCCAUGAUGGUUUAUCAUAGGAUAUAUAUAUAUUUUUUUAACAUCUUUAUUGGGGUAUAAUUGCUUUACAAUGGUGUGUUAGUUUCUGCUUUAUAACAAAGUGAAUCAGUUAUACCUAUACAUAUGUUCCCAUAUCUCUUCCCUGUUGUGUCUCCCUCCCUCCCACCCUCCCUAUCCCACCCCUCCAGGCGGUCACAAAGCACCGAGCUGAUCUCCCUGUGCGAUGCGGCUGCUUCCCACUAGCUAUCUACCUUACAUUUGGUAGUGUGUAUAUGUCCAUGCCUCUCUCUCGCUUUGUCACAGCUCACCCUUCCCCCUCCCCAUAUCCUCAAGUCCGUUCUCUAGUAGGUCUGUGUCUUUAUUCCUGUCUUACCCCUAGGUUCUUCAUGACAUUUCUUUUUCUUAAAUUCCAUAUAUAUGUGUUAGCAUACGGUAUUUGUCUGUCUCUUUCUGACUUACUUCACUCUGUAUGACAGACUCUAGGUCUAUCCUAUCAUAGGAUAUUGAAUAAGUUCUCUGUGCUAUACAGUAGGACCUUGUUGUUUAUCCCUCCUAUAUAUAAUAGCUUAUUGCAUGCAUUUUUGUGUAACAACUUUCCCUACAGUGUCAUCUUAUAAUUGUACCUCUUUUUGUUUUUGCAUAAACUUAUUUAUCUCUCAUAAAUGGUAGGCAGAGAAGAAGACGGAGGCUGGUGGCUGGGAAUUCAGAGCUGGCAGUGAGCUGGAGUCUGCUUACACAAACUCAUCCUCUCCUCCAAGACAGAAUACAGGUAUUGAAGCUUCCGGCCCCAGCUGCCCUAAGUAGGAGCCUCGUGCUGGAAACGCGUACAGCCUGGUCACUGACAAAGGCAGCAAGUAGGUGGCUGUCGAGGUAGAUGUUCGUAAUCAGCCCCACACGUGGCUGUCCAAUCAAGACCAUCAAGUUACAAUGAAAGACAGAAACGAACUUUGGCCUUGUUGAAGAAAGGUGGAAGAGAACCUUCAAAAGGUUCCUUAUAUGAGGCAGAAGGUCUGAUGAGUGUUUCUGAAACAUGCAUCACCACAAAAAAAAUCACAAUAUUUAGCGGACCAAGCAUUUGGGCUUAUAAGUAAUAACUUAUAAUCAGCCACUUUUCUAAUCCAUAUUUUUUGCCAGAUUCAAAAACACCAAAUUUCCUAUCAAACGUUCUAGCAAAGCAAACCUUCACCUAAGUAGUUGUUCUGCGUCUAAUAUGUUAGAAGCAAAACAACUUUCAUUCUCAUAGGCAGAGCCUCUAAUUUUUUUUUUU